UCGUGAAUAAACACUGACGGUUUGAUAAUCUAAUUUGGUAUCAGACGCUUCGUUCUUUUCCUCUCCAUCAUGACUUCCUCUUCUCCGGCCAAAUUUCACCCAGCCCUGGCCGUCUCCAACAUCCGAAAUUUCAUCCCGAUUACUCUUGAUAUCGAAACCGUCGAGUACUCCUCCUGGGCCGAGCUGUUCAAAAUUACAGCUCGAGCUUAUGAGGUCCUUGAUCACAUCAUCCCUACGCCUGCCACGUCAACAUCCUCCACCAGUGCAUCUUCCUCUUCUCUCACACCUGAGCAGCAAAUGGAACGGGCGGCCGCCGCCGCCGAGGCUAAAGCUCUCUGGACUCGUCUAGAUGCUGUUGUCUUACAAUGGAUCUAUGGUACUAUUACCACUGAUUUGCUCCAUACCAUUAUUGAGCCAAACUCCACGGCUCAAUUGGCAUGGGAGCAUCUCGAGGACAUUUUUCAAGACAAUAAACAAUCCCGAGCCGUGUAUUUGGAGAAUCAGUUCUCCAACAUUCGUCUUGAACAAUUCUCUAAUAUCUCUUCCUAUUGCAAGGCGUUGAAGCUUCUUUCCGAUCAAUUGGCCAAUGUUGAUUCCCCCGUUGACAAUAAGCGUCUUGUUCUCCGCUUAGUCAAUGGCCUGACCGAGCCAUAUGAUGUGGUUGCUUCUCUUAUUCAGCAAGCGGAUCCCUUACCUUUAUUUUCUAAGGCUCAAUCCAUGCUGACACUUGAAGAAGCACGGAAGAAACAACAACACGGACAGUCCCAGGAAACUGCUAUGUUGCACAAUGCGCCGCCGCCGCCGCCGCCGCGUCCCAGUGAACCCCCAACACAUUCUCGUUCGGAUGGCAGGAAUUCUCGAUCCCGCGGUCGUGGUGGCUCCUCUCGGGGUGGUCGUACCCGUCAAACACCACGCAGUGAUGUAUCCACUUCUACUCCGGCUAUGCCCCGUCCGCUGCAGUGGUCUUGUCCCCCGUGGGCUUACUGGCCGCCACCUCAGUGGGCAAUCCCUCCUUGCCCGGUACCCACAACACCCUGGGGAGGUCCACCGGCACCUCGGGCAUCGGCAGGUAUUCUUGGUCCUCAUCCCGCUCAGGCUUAUGCGGCUACUCCUACCGACAUUCAAGCCGCCAUGCAUACUAUGUCUCUCUCCCCACCGGACGACAACUGGUACAUGGACACCGGGGCCACGUCGCAUAUGACAUCAUCGUCGGGAUCUCCACACGGGGGCGCCACUUCUGAGGUGUAAUAGUUCCGGUCAACUCUACCCAGUUUCACAGUCCUCCGGGCCAUUAUCCUAUCCCUCGUCGGCUUUGUUGCACACUUCUGGUGACAUAUGGCAUAGUCGGCUUGGUCAUCCUGGGGAUCCAGUUUUUAGAUUACUUAGAACAAAUAAUGCUAUUCAAUGUAAUAAAUUGUUUUCUCAUUCUUGUACUUCAUGUCAAAUGGGCAAGCAUACCAAAUUACCAUUUCAGUCUUCUCAGUCUAUUACUUUACAUCCGUUUGAUUUAAUACAUAGUGACUUAUGGACUUCUCCUGUUUUAAGUUCCACCGGUCACCGGUAUUAUGUUCUUUUCCUAGAUGACUUUACUCGUUAUUUAUGGAUUUUUCC